AUGGACUACCGCGGUGAGCAGGAGCAAGAGUUGGAAGUGUUGGAGUCUAUCUAUCCGGAUGAGCUGAAAGUAUUGAAUCGGAACUAUCCAGGCGUGAAAUUCAAGGUAGAGGUGCGGUUGGAACCGCAAUUGGAGGAUGCCAAUGGGCUGACCACGGAACAUACGAUGUGUCUGGAGUUCGAGCUGCCGGAGAGGUACCCUGAUGAAGCUCCAGUGAUAGGAAUCAAGGCGGUGGAAACGCGGCCAGACGAGCAAGACGAGGAAGAGAGCGAGGAAGAGUUCGACGAUCACGGGAACAAGGUGGUCAGAAAACUGCAGAGUCUGCCGGAUCAGAUACACUUCGAUGGGUUCGUGCCGGAGCUGUCGGUGCUGCUGGAGGAGCAGAUCGACAACGAUUUGCUGCUUGGCAUGCAGAUGUGCUUUACGUUGAUCUCGUCGGUGAAGGAGCUGUGCGAGACGUGGUUCGUGGAGCAGCUGGGGAAGCUGGAGAGACAGCAUGAGCUGGAGCUGCAGGCGCGCGAGAGGGAGGAGCAGAAGAAGUUCCGGGGCACCAAGGUGACCCGCGAGUCGUUCCUGGAGUGGCGAGCCAAGUUCAGAAAGGAGCUGGGCAUCGAUCAGCGGGACGAGAAGAGGCGACUGGAAGCACAUCACGGUAGGAUGACCGGACGUACCAUCUUUGAGCGCGGUCUUGCCGGCGACGACGAGGAGAACGAAGAAUCGCUAGAGAGCGCAGUGACCGACAAGUUGAGAAAACUAUGA